GGCAGGGCGGAACUUGUGGUGUGUAGGGGCAGCUAGAAGGGAGUCUGUGGGACAGACGAGGGAGCCCCUGGGUGAGGGCUGUUGGCAUUAGAAUGAAAGGAGAGCUUUUCCCAGGCCCACCUCCAGAGCCCUUCCUGACCCCUCUGCCUGAUGCCUGAUCUCCCUGGAUGGAUGGAGGGAGGCUCCGCAGCUUGGAGACUCCAGCUCUGCCGCACAAAGGGCCCUUGAUUCCAAAGGUGUUCGGAUGGAGACCGUAAGUUCCUCUGGCUCCCGGCUCUCCAGCUGCCUCAUCACCCUCGUCUUCCUCCAGCUGCCCAUACGCGUGUCAGGGGACUCCGGCCAGUUCCACCUGGCCCCGCUAGGGGGCACAGCCAAGCUGCUCUGCCCUCUCUCGCUCUGGUCCGUCCCGACGCUCACCGAGGUGCGGUGGCUGCGGUCCUUGCCCCGGGGGCGCUCCCAGGUGGUUCACGUGUUCCGGGAUGACAAAGUCCGCGAGGAAGAUGUGGUACCGGAAUUUCAGGGGAGGACGGCGCUGGAGAGAGACACGCAAGAGGGAAAUGUCACGCUGGAGAUCCGCCACGUGCGGCUGGAGGACCGAGGGCCGUACCGAUGUCAGGUCCGGAUUGCAAACCUGAGUCGAGAGGGCACCGUGAUCCUGCAGGUGGCAGUUCUAGGCUCCGACCCUUACAUCCACGUGAAGGGCUACGACGCUGGAUGGAUCCAGCUGGUGUGCAGGUCGGUGGGAUGGUUCCCAAGGCCUUGGGCCGAGUGGAGAGACCCUCAAGGCAGGGUGCUUCCAUCUGAGCCCCAGGCCCCUUCCCUGGACCGCGCUGGGCUCUUCGAAACAGCCGUAUCCAGCAAAGUCAGGGACAGCACUGUGGGCAGCGUGUCCUGCACCAUCCGCAACGAUGCCCUGGGCCAAGAGAAGACAGCAGCGAUGGUCAUAGCAGCCCCAUCUCCAGGGAGGAUCUCCCCCGCAGCAGUGGCUCUUGCUGUGGUCCUGCCUGUCCUGGGCCUUCUCAUCAUGGUGGGCAUUGGCCUCAUCUGGAAGCAAAAGCGAUCAAAAGAGAAGCUGCUCUAUGAACAGGUGAUGGAGGUAGAAACUCUUCUCUCAGACCAUGCAAAAGAAAAAGGAAGGCUCCAUAAAUCCCUCAAGAAACUCCGGAGUGAACUGAAGUUGAAAAGAGCUGCAGCCAACUCAGGCUGGAGAAGGGCCCGGCUGCACUUCGUGGCCGUGACCCUGGACCCCGACACCGCGCAUCCCAAACUCAUCCUGUCCGAGGACCGCCGGCGUGUGCAGCUCGGAGACAGGAGGCAGCCUGUGCCUGACACCCCCCAGAGGUUCGAUUUCGUCGUCAGCGUCCUGGGCUCCGAGGCCUUCGUGGCGGGCUGUCACUACUGGGAGGUGUACGUGGGAGACAAGACCAAAUGGAUCCUGGGGGUGUGCAGCGAGUCAGUGAGCAGGAAGGGCAAGGUCACCGCCUCGCCCGCCAACGGGCACUGGCUGGUGCGGCAGAGCCGCGCGGCCGAGUACGAAGCUCUCACGUCCCCGCAGACCCCCUUCCGCCUGAAGGAGGCCCCGCGCUGCGUGGGCGUCUUCCUGGACUACGAAGCAGGCAUCAUCUCCUUCUACAACGCGACCGACAGGUCCCACAUCUUUACCUUCACCCACGCGUUCUCUGGCCCCCUGCGCCCGUUCUUUGAACCGUGCCUUCACGAUGGAGGGAAAAACACGGCUCCGCUAGUCAUUUGCUCGGAACUCCAGAAAUCGGAGGAACCCGUGGUCCCCAAGUCAGAUGGAAAAGGCCGCGCGAACGGGGAUGUGGCCCUGAAGGUGGACGCUUCCCUCCGGCCCUGGUCCCCCGAUCUGGGCCCAGCGCUCCAGGGGCUCAAGGUUCCUUCUUUUUAGGGAGGUGCCUCCUUGGCUGCGCCUGACCCUCGGCCCAGGGCUCUGGAUUUCAGUCUCCUGGCCCGACACCGGCCUCUGGAACAGCUCAUCUCCUUUCCCCAAAUCCAGACCCUUUUGUGGUUCUAUUCAUGCCACCUUCCUCUCAUUUCUAAACCCUGUUUCCUGCGGGGGACCGAAGUUCCCAUUGCCCUGGAAGAAUUCUUGAAAACCAGGUGAACAACCAGAUUAGGGCGAGGCGGUGAUGGUGAGUGGGUGUCACCGAGACCCAGGGUUCUCCACGCGAGGGGCUAUUCAAGAGAACUUCAUUUUAUCGCAUCCUGACUUGGGCUUUUAGUUGUGAUGUUAUGGAGCCCAGUCCCCGACUUCUACUUAUGUCAUCAAGAAUGGCUUUUCUCUCUGUUUUAGUUCAUGCCUUUAGCCCCCAAAGCCAGCUUUUUAAAAGUAAUCAUGCUUGGGUCACACACUCUUUCUUUAUCCUUCUGGACUAUGGGGUAGGGUGGAUCAGGGGGUAAAACAUGUCCCUUUCUAGUUCCUUGAUGCUGUUGACAGCAUAGUUUUGUGAUAUCCAGAGCUAACGUACGUUUUCAAAGCUGAUUUACCUAGUGAUGGUAAAUCAUGAGGUACAGGGACUUAGAGUGGUAGCUGUAACCCUGAAAAAGCCCCAGGUGCAAAUCAGGGAACUGGUAAACACAACUUCAAACACAGCAGGCAGCUGUGUGAGGCCUUGAAGAGACAGCGAUGGAUAAGUUUGUCUGCUGCGCUGGCCCUUUCGAAUACCCUCCUGAGAUUUAGAGAGGCCCCGCUAGAAAAAGUGGCAGCUUUAACCACCAAUAAAGACAGUUUCCCCCCACAAGACAUUAUACUGGAAGACUUGACUAUUCGUGUAGCACAAGCAUGUCAAACUCAAAGGCUAACUCAGGACAAAUAAACAAGGCAUGAGGCCCCCGGGUCGCGAGUUUGACAUGCUUGGUGCAGCGGACUCCUAGGUCAGAGAGUACUGAUUUCAGAAAGGAAGUUGAUAGACCAGGUGUGAAGAUAAAGUAAUGAACCAGAUUUUUUGUGUGGAUUUCAGAAAGAAGCUUAGUCACUUUCAAGUCAUACCACAGAGGUGAUCUGGCCUCUUUUUGGAGAUAUUGGCUAUUAGUUUUCAGAUGGGUACUCAGUUCUACCCCACAAAAACUGGAUCUUUCUGUCAGAAGUUCACUCUGUUACUCUGUAGUGCCUGUAUUAGUCAGGGUUCUUCAUGGAAAUAUAUAUAUGUAUAUAUAUAUGGUGAGAGAGAGAGAGAGAGAAGGAAAGAUUAUAAGAAAUUGGCUUAUGUGAUUAUGGAGGAUGGCAAGUCCCAAGAUCUGCAGGGAUAGUCAGCAGGUUGGAGGGGUUCUGGGGAGCCAAUGGUUUAGUUCCUGUCUGAGUCUGGAGGCCCAAGACCCAGGAGGGCCUAUGAUGUAAUUCCAGUCUGAAGGCUGUCAGGCAGGAAGAAUUUUACUAGGGAAAGAGUCAAGCUUUUUUGGUUCUAUUUAUGCCUUGAACUGAUUGGCGAGGCCCACCAUGUUAGGGAGAGGAAUUUACUUUACUCAAAAUAAUAAUUUAAAUGUUAAUUUCAUCCAAAAAUACCCUUACAGAAACAUCCAGAAUAAUAUUUGACCAAAUAUUGGAGCAUUCUGCAGUCUAGUCAAGUU